AAGAGUGUCAAAUCGAUUUCCCAUUCCACGUUUUUAGAACGAGCUCAAAUUUUCAAAGUUGUGAUCGUAUGUAACUCGUAAAUACAAGCACUUGGUAGAACUGUCACGUUGUUCGGUUUAUUAUUAUCACAUUAUCAUUUUUUAUCUUUCUUAUCAAAUAAUCAUUGUGUAUCUAAGGUUCGUUCAAUAAUGGAUUAAAAUAGUAGCUAUAAGUAAAUGGUAUAAAAGUUGAACAAGUGCCGCGACAGCAGGUAUACGAAGUAAAAGUGAAACAAAACCAGUUGACGAACGUUUAUUAAAAAUAUUUUACAAUAAUGAAUCUUAGUUGUGGUUCUAGGACUAUAAAAUAUUUAAUUUUCACCUUUAAUUUUUUCUUUGUGAUAACUGGUAUAAUUUUAAUAGCAGUUGGAGCAUCCAUACACGCUUAUUAUACGCAAUAUAACUUUUUCCUAAAUAGUGAAUAUUUUUCACUACCGAAUCUUUUGAUCGCGACUGGAACAUUGAUAUUCAUAAUAUGUUUCCUUGGGUGCUAUGGCGCUAUUAAAAACAGCUGGAUUAUGCUUAUGGGAUUUUCUGUUUUACUGGGUAUAAUAUUCAUAUUCGAAUUUUCCGCCGGAAUCGCCGGUUAUGUACUUAGAAACAAAACCGGAAGGUAUUUAGAAGAAGCAAUGUCAAAUUCUAUGAAAGAUUACAGCGUUGACAGUUCUGCAUCUUCUUUUAUGUGGGAUCUCAUACAAAGAGAGUACGAGUGCUGUGGUAUAACAAAUUAUAAUGAUUGGAGAUCAAUUAUGAACAACACGGAUCUUCCCAUAUCGUGUUGUCCCGCGAAACAAGGUCAGUCUGCAGAAUUUUAUUGUAACUCAGACACUGGGACGACUUCCACGACUACAGCUUCUACUAUUACCACAACUACCCCUACUAAUAGUUCUACAGACACUACUGAGGGUCGCAGUAGAAGGGAUGUUGUACAAAAACCCUCAACAACUCCACCAUAUUCGAUUGGAUGUGAAGCGGCGUUUGGUAAAUGGGUUAGAUCCCACGCAGUUGACAUUGGAGUUGUCUGUUUUACCCUAGCCGUCUUACAACUGAUUGGAAUCGGUUUCGCUUGUCAUUUGUCCAAACAACUUAAAAAUUCGUACUACAGCACUUAAACAAUUUAUAUAUGGCUAUUUUUUGACACACAAACCAAUAAAAGUUGAUUUUUUUUGUUAUAUUGAAUAAAAUUUACUCAUAGUAUAGUUGCGUCACGUUUUGAUUGAAAUAUUCGUACACCUGGUAUAUUUUUACUCUUAAGUAGAGAUUAAAAAUCUAUAUUCACUUUUUAAACUUGAAAAAAUGUUACCUGUAUGCCUUUAUAAAUAAUUUGAAAUCGUUAAGAAAUAACUUUUAUUAGUGUAGAAUUUACUACUAGAAACAUGCCGUAUGUCAGUUUACAUACAAUCAGAUGAUGUGUGUUAAUAAAAAUAAAUUUAAGCUAACCGAGAUACAAAUCUAUUGAUAAAAAUCCUUUUUUUUAUCCAGUGUCUUUAGGAUCGUACGUAUUUUUAAACAAAAAAAUUUUGCGUGUACGUAAAUAACAUUCUUACUGCGACUUUUUAUGUCAGGUUCGUUCCAACCUAUCAAAGGGGGCGGAGAAUGCUUCAAACGGUCCAGAUUAGUAGGUUGGAACAAACCUGUCAUAAAACACAGUAUUCCGAUUCACACAGUGUUGCCAGAAUGUGAGGGAUUUCUUUAAAUAUGAAUGAGGCUGAAUAAAAAAUUUCAAUAGUGAAUGAUUGCUGGUUUUUAUAGGGAAAAGAAAAUUUUAACAGCAAUUUUCAUUUAACUUAACAUUAGUUACAUAUCUUGAACAAAACAAAAAAAACGCUUUGUUUAAAUCACUAUAAUAAGUUACGAGAUGCAUCGUUCGUAUAUUUAAUUUUUAUAAUAUAUAUAUAUAUAUAUAUAUAUAUAUAUAUAUAUAUAUAUAUAUACUUACUUAUUUUACCAUUUUUAUUAUGGUAACAUCUUGUACUGAUCACCCAUCACAGUUUUGAAGAAAAUAUUUUUUCACUCGAUUAAUAGAAAAUUGUUAAAAAAAUCUGGCAGCACUGGAUUUCCUUCAUGCUGUUAAUUUAUUCGAAUGCCAUCUAUUCUAGAUGUUAGGUUAGAUUCGACAUUCUUUAACGAACUUUAAACUGUAGAAUAUUUAUAAUCGGUAGUUCUUUUUAUUAUUUUAUUUCUAUCGAUACCAUUUUAGUACUCACCCUAGUGUGUAUCUUCUUUUAAUUUUUAUUUCUAGUGACAGUUGGUUUAUGUGUUUGUUCAUUUUAUUAUAUUUAGACCGUCCUUACUUGGUAAGAAUGAACUUUUUUUUCUAAUUAUUACGUGCCAUCGAAUUUAAUGUAUUCAGUUGAACAUAUACAAGAUUUAAAUAUGUUUGGUAGCUAUAAACAGUGGUGAAAUUUGUACUAUACACAAAAAAAAACUUUCCUACUAUUUGUAUUAAAGAUAUUUGAUGAGAAUUUUUCAUAAUUUCCCGAAUUUUCAAAUAUAAAUCGUUCACAGCAGUACUUUUAUCAUCGUUACCAAUUGGAGUAUGUUUCAUUUUAUAUUUUGUUGAUGUAGGAAUGUGUGAAAAAAAUCUGUUUUUAUUUGAUUUCUACUCUACAAGUUUAUUUAAACUUUUCAACUUUUUGUGUAAAUACGUUGUAUAUUAAAACUAUACAGUAUGUUGUUUGAUGUAAUAGAUUUAUAAUUUGUUGAUUUCCAAUAAAAUAAAAUCGAAA